ACGUGCCGCCCAUGGAGCGCGUGGCCGAGCGCGCGGAGCGUUUCUCCGAGGUGCUGGCGGUGGCGCGGGGCCCCUGGGCCCGGCACUGGGACGAGGCCGCCGCCCGCCGCGCUUUCCAGUGGGCCCGGUACCUGGAGCGGCUCCACGCCCGCCUCGCCGGCCAGCCCGCCCUCCGCCGGGCCCUCGAGCCGAAGCUGAGGGAGCGGCCGGGCCAGGCCCGGGGCCCCGGGCUGCCGCCGUUGGGUCGCCGCCCGCUGCGCUUCGACGAGCUGGGCGGCGGCGUGGAGGCGCUGAGGGUGUCGCUGCUGUGCAACCCGUCGGCCUCCCCCGCCGCCUUCCACCAGGCCGCCUCCUGCCCGCCGCGCCCCCCGCCGCCGCCUUCACCGGGCGGCCGGAGCAGCUGCGCCGGCCUCGAGGCCGCGCUCAGGACCAAAGCGGCGGCUCGGCUCCUGCUGGAGGCCUGGGACUCGGGUGCGGAGCGGCACGGCUCGGUGCUGGAGACGCAAGCGGAGCUGCUCCGGGAGCGACUGGAGGCGGGUUGGCCGACCGAGGAGGUGAUGGAGGAGCGGCUGCUGCGGCCUAGUCUGUCCGGCGGUGAGGGCGAUGGCGGCGGCGGCGGCGUGGAGGUGAUGCUGGAGGCCGGCGGCGGCCCCGAGGAGCUGGCGCUGCGCUGGUUGCUGGGCCAGGGCUCGGCGCUGCUCCUCGCCCUCCCCGGGGACCUGCUGAGCCGCGCCGCCUCCCGCCACCCGCGCCUGGCGGCCGCCUACCUCGGCGCGCUGGCCCGCUGGGCCGAGACCAUGCGCUACGAGGCCGGCAGCGGCCGCUGGCUUCACGAGUCGCCCGAGCGGGGCUGGGGGAGGCUGGUGCGGCGGCUCCGAGCUCUGCUGGAGGGGCCGCCGCCGGUCAGGGGGGCGGCGGAGGAGCUGCUGAAGUCCGGCAGAGCCGCGGACGGCGACUUCGACGUCUCGGGCAUCAGCGUCUGGACGGACCUACUCCUGGCAUUGAAGGCCAUUUAAAUCUCCCGCCCUUCCCUCCUCCUUCUUCCUCCUCCUCUCUUCCUCCAUUCCUCCCUCCCUCCUUCCUUCCUUCCUUCCCCCUCAGUCGAGCCCAUGGACUGCGUUCCGCAGUGCAGUUCUUGUCGUGGGUUGAGAGGCGCUUAGGCGGAAAAAGCUUCCAGAUUCUGCUCACGAGUUGUAUAUAAUUUGUUUUCUCUCGAAAUGUGAUUACAUUACCAAAUAUCUCUCCCCUCCC